UUUUUUUCUUAAUACUACUAUCCUUGUUUUCAAACAAAAAUAUUUUUUUUUUAAAAGACUGCAAUCUAUGUUUCCAAACACUCCAAAUUUUUUAAUAAUUCUAUUCAAGUUUCGAAACACUCCAAUUUUGUACUUGAGUUUUAAUAAGAUAGAUAUUGUAGCAACAAAUCUGAAUAAAUGCUGUAAUUCACGAAACAUAGCUAUUCUAUAGUUAUAACCGAUUCAUACACAAUUUAAAAAUUUUAAAUAUUAAUGUACAUGAAUAAUAUAAAAUUGACAUUAAAAUAAAUAACAGUUCAAAUAAAUUACUUACUUAUUGUAUUACUAAUAAUUAUAUAUGUACUAAAAGUCCAAAGAAACAAAACAAUAUUUAAUACUGUAUAUAAUUAGUAUAUAAUAAAAAAAUAACAUUCAAAACAAAUAAUAAUCCAAUGCUAAUAUCAUAAAACUUAUGUACAAUAAACAUAUACGGUACUUUUUUAAAAGUCUGUGCGGGUCAAAAUCUGUUAAAAUUCGAGUAGUUAGACACCGAGUUUUGUAGAAACCAAAACUCAAAAAAAAAAUCAGUGAUUUUCCCAGUCAAUAGUUUUGAACCCAUUAGAUUCAAGUGAAAAAAUAUUUUCUUUAAAAAAUAUUUUCUUAGUACAUAAUAGGCAGUGAGAUCUUUAAUCUAAGAACAGUCAGUUUAAUGUUAUUGAAACUAAAAAUAUCAAUUGAUAGGCUGGAUUUGUGAAAUGAUCUGUACACAAAAAUGAAAUUUCUUAUUCAUUUUCUCAAGAUGUAAUCUUUAAGCAUUAGCUUUCUCUAUGGAACUAUUGUAUUAAAUACUCUACUUAAAAAGGAUGAAUUGACUUACCUAGAAAAGGACCAAAUUGACUCAAGUCCGUAUAGUACUUUAGUACCCUAUUGCACAAAAUUAUAACAUACUGACAGAUAACCAAUGAAAUUAAAGUGGAGUAAACUAAUUUUUAUUCCAACUAGUUCUUGGAUCGAAAGGAAAAUACAUGUCAACUAUCAAGAAGGUUGAUUAACAAUUGAACAAAAUAACCAACUAGUUCAAGUGUUAACACAUGAAAAUUCAUGUAAAAUUCAAUUAGUCUUAUUGAUGCACAACUGAUCAACCCCUCCAGUUUCAUUUGUUAACAAAACAAGCCACAACCUCCAAAUUAGGAUUCAAGAACUACAUAAUUAGAAUAGUUUAUGCAAGGUUCUGUUGAGAAUGGUGACAACAAUGCUUUGAUAAUCAUGAAAUCUCACUAGUGCUUGCCAUGCAUAAAAGUGGAAUAUACUAAAAUGCAACAGAAUGGGUGAAUAAACUUCGUUGUAAAGUUUUUCCUUCACAUUGUAUAUAAAUAAAAUCAGAGAGACUGGAUUGUAAUAAACUAACAAAUACAUCUCUCCCGCUUUAAAAAGCAACCAGACCCCAUGUGUAGACUCUUAAUCUCAGCUUAGUCAAAUUGCAUUCUCGAGACACUUCACAUCUUUCACAAUUUUUAAUAUAGACAUAUAUAUCUAACAUUUUUAUAUAAAUAUUGGUAUUUAAGAAGGGUUACUAAUUAGUACUAUAUAUAUGUAGUGUUUUGAAGUCAUAUGUAGAUCACUUGAACAUAAAUCUUCCAUGUCUUCAGCUUACAAGCUCAUGAUCAUGUCACAAAGCCGCCAUUUUAGCUCUCUUCUCACUGUUUUUAUUUGUAUUUGUUUAACCUGUACAGUCUCUGCUUCUCCUUCUCUGCAUCCAGAUGAAGUGAAAGCCCUUAAGGAUAUUGCAUCCACACUCGGUGUCAGGCACCUGAACCUAAGUGAAGAUCCCUGUCUCACAAAGACUCUGGUGAUAACUCAAGAUGUCCUCAAGGAAGGACAUAACAGCACAAUUAAAUGUGACUGUCAUUUCAACAACAACAAAACUUGCCAUAUCACACACUUUAUCCUUAAGACAUUCAGUCUUCCGGGCAGACUUCCACCAGAACUCUCAAAGCUUCAGUAUCUUGAAUUGAUUGACUUGUGCCGUAAUUAUCUUUAUGGCUCAAUACCUAUGGAAUGGGCCUCACUGCCUUACCUCACAUCUAUCUCUGUUUGUGCGAAUCGAUUAUCAGGAGACAUUCCCAAAGGAUUGGGGAAGUUUAUUAACCUGACCCAAUUAAUUCUGGAAGCCAACCAAUUCUCUGGAAUUAUCCCUAAGGAACUUGGGAACCUGGUUAACUUAGAAGGAUUAGCACUCUCUUCUAACCAAUUAGUUGGAAGCGUACCCGAGACAUUAGGAAGACUAAAAAAUCUGACAAAUCUCCGUUUUAGCGAUAAUCAUCUUAACGGAUCCAUCCCAGAGUUUAUAGGAAACUUAUCUAAACUUCAAAGACUAGAACUCUAUGCGAGUGGCCUUAGAGAACCUAUUCCAGACUCCAUUUUCCGCUUAGAGAAUUUGUUUGAUCUGAGGAUAAGUGACACAACUGCUGGAUUGGGACAAUUUCCUCAUAUUAUUAGCAAGAACCUGAAAUUUUUGGUUCUCAGAAACUUGAACUUAACAGGACCUAUCCCAACAACUAUCUGGGAUCUUCCCAAUCUCAUGACUCUCGAUCUUUCCUUUAAUAGACUGACUGGAGAAAUACCAGCAGAUGCAGCCGCGCCAAAAUAUACAUAUUUGGCUGGAAAUAUGUUGUCAGGAAAAAUUGAAUCAGGACCUUUCCUUACUGCAAGCACCAAUAUUGAUCUUUCUUAUAAUAACUUCACAUGGUCUCCAAGCUGCAGAGAGAGGACGAAUGUAAACACAUACGAAAGUUCGCGGUCAAGAAACAGACUAACCAGACUCCUUCCAUGUUCUGCCAUAAGCCAGUGUCAAAAUUAUAGUAAAUCCCUUCAUAUAAACUGCGGGGGACCUGAUGUAACUAUCGAAAACUCUCGAGGGAGGUUCUUAUACGAGGGUGAUAACUCUGGACGAACCGGUUCAGCGACUAACUAUCAUGGGAAGAACUGGGGAUUCAGCAAUACUGGUGACUUUAUGGAUGAUGCAAUAACAGAAGAUACCUACUCAGUUUCAUCAGAUUCUACAGUAUCUGCAAAAUACCCUGAGCUAUACCAGACAGCUCGACGUUCUCCCCUGAGUCUGGCUUACUUUGCGUUUUGUUUUGAAAAUGGAAGCUACAAUGUGAAACUCCAUUUUGCGGAGAUUCAGUUCUCAGAUGAGGAACCAUACGCUAGGCUAGCCACACGGUUCUUUAACAUUUACGUUCAGGGGAAGUUGGUUUGGGAGGAUUUCAACAUCAGAGAAGAGGCUAAUGGAACUCACAAGGAAGUUAUAAAAGAAGUGAACACAACUGUAACUGAUAACACGUUAGAGAUACGGCUAUACUGGGCAGGGAAAGGCACAACCAUCAUUCCUAAAAGAGGGAACUAUGGCUCUCUUAUCUCUGCAAUCUCAGUCUGUCCCAGUUCUGAAUCUGAAUGUGGUGUUGAAGUGAAGACUCCUCCAGUCACAAAAGAACCCAAACCGAGAACAUAUCCUCUCAUUCUCGGCAUAACAGCCCUGAUACUCUCUCUUGCUUUCUUGAUUUUCUGCGCGUUGUAUUGGAAGAAAUGUGUUAGAAAUGCAGAAGCAGGAAAGAGAGGUUCCUUCAGUUUGAAGCAACUAAAAGUUGCAACUGACAAUUUUGACCCCUUAAACAAGAUUGGAGAAGGCGGCUUUGGAUCUGUAUAUAAGGGGAGAUUGCCAGAUGGAACAUUGAUAGCGGUAAAGAAGCUAUCUUCAAAAUCAUGUCAAGGUAACAAGGAGUUUGUAAACGAGAUAGGUAUGAUCGCCUGCCUGCAGCAUCCAAAUCUUGUGAAGCUCUAUGGAUGCUGUUGUGAGAAUAAUCAGCUUCUUCUUGUCUAUGAGUACUUGGAGAACAAUUGUCUUGCUGAUGCAUUAUUUGGAAGAAGCGGUCUAAAACUAGAAUGGGGAACAAGACACAAAAUAUGCGUAGGAAUUGCGAGAGGGCUUGCUUUUCUUCAUGAAGAUUCAGCUGUUAAGAUCAUUCACAGAGACAUCAAAGGGACAAAUGUACUGCUAGACAAGGAUCUGAACUCAAAGAUUUCGGAUUUUGGGUUGGCUAGGCUUCAUGAAGACGAGAAGAGCCACAUUACCACCAGAGUUGCAGGAACAAUAGGCUACAUGGCUCCUGAAUAUGCAAUGAGGGGUCACCUAACAGAAAAGGCAGAUGUUUACAGCUUCGGUGUGGUGGCCAUGGAGAUCGUUAGCGGAAAGAGCAAUGCCAAUUACACACCAGAUAACGAAUGUUGCGUUGGUCUUCUCGAUUGGGCGUUUGUUUUACAGAAGAAAGGAGCCUUCUCUGAGAUUCUGGACCCGAAGCUUGAAGGAGUAUUCGAUGUGAUGGAGGCAGAGAGAAUGAUAAAGGUAUCGCUUCUAUGUUCCAACAAGUCUCCGACCUUAAGACCGACCAUGUCGGAAGUUGUGAAGAUGCUUGAAGGCGAAACAGAGAUAGAACAGAUCAUCGCAGAUCCUGGAGUGUACGGAGAUGAACUAAGAUUUAAGAGAUUUUCAGAGAUUGGUACAUCAUCUUUACCUUCUGACUACCUCGUGUCAAUUCCUUCGUCUUGUGAAUCUGCUUACGACCUGUACCCUCUUAGUCCAGAGUCCACUGUUUUCUCUAGACCAUAGCUUCGAAUCUAUAGUGAACCACUCGGAAACUCGAUCAUAGUUAUAAAACAUGUCUGACACAAUAACUAAAUCACAUGUGGUCAAAUUGUGGAUACUGAAGCUGGAUUAGUUGGGAAUAAAGUGUUGUAGAAAAAUCAAAACCCAAAAUUUAAUAAAAGUUAUAUUCCCAGUCAUACUUUUGAAGCCUUUAAAUUUUAAAUCAAAUUUUUUUUCUCUAUUUCUAGCAACUUAUGAGGACCAUAUUCUCAAAUUCUCUGAAUGAAAAAAUAUAAGGGAAGUUUACUAGAAUGUUACAUAUUUUUGGUGUAUUGACUAGAAUGAUACAGAUCUUUUUUUUAUUACUAGAAUAUUUUCGAUACCAAGCGUACCCUUUUUUUACGUUAUGAGAAAAAACGUAUUUACGAGAAUGCCAUUACUUUUCGCUGCCACGUAGGCAAAAAACCGGCGCCACGGAGGAAUUCGCGUUCGUAUUUUCAUUAAGUCAGCUGUUAAGCGAUAGAUUUGUAGUUACGGCCGAUUUAUCUUUACGUUACGGCUGACUUAAUACAUACGACUGACUUAAGUGAAAGUGGCUGACUUAAAACUAUAAGUCAGCUUGCCAAUACAACUGAUUUACAGAAAUCCGGCUGAGUUAUGUGACCACGGCUGACUUAAUGAUACAAAUGACGGCUGACUUAUACAUUGGCGGUUUGAUUUCUGGAAAAUUUGGCUGAGUCGUGGUUAAGAAACGACUGAGAAACUUUUUUUCAGCUGAGUAAAGGAACAUGGAUGGGCUGGGUUAUUGAAGCCACGGCUGAGUUAUGGGAUGCUGUUACGACUGGGUUUGUAUUAGUCAGCCGUUAAAGCAUGGAUAAACAGUAAACUCAGCUGCUUUGCGGCUGACGUAUGAGCGAAAGAUUAAUUACUAGAAUGUUCUCGUUUGAUGGCUGAUUUACGUAACGAUACGGCUGACAUAUGGUUGUUCAUCCUUAUUGCGGCUGACUUACUGUCAAAAGAUUAAUUACUAGAAUGUUUCCAUGUAUCGGCUGACAAAGUGUAAAAAUGAUGGCUGACUUAUUUUGGCUGAGUUACUGAUUUGUUUGUCGGCUGAUUAACCGAUGUUCCAUGUCAUCUGCCAUGUCAUCAACUCGGAUUUGACAUGUCAUCACUAACGGUCGCCCAAUUUACAACUGAGUUACGAGACCUUUCAGUUGUCUUCUUCAUCUUAUUUUUGAAUGAUUACACAGCCUUUCUUUUCUUCUUCAUCAUCUCAGUUAUCUAUCCUCUUCAUCUUUCUCAUAUGGUAAUGGAUCCCGUUAUUAUUGUUUCCGGUAAAUGGAUUAUGAAAAAACGAUAUGUAUUCAACGUCGACAGUAGAGGGUGUAGAGUUCUUCAUUUAGGUGAGAAAACUAAACUUGAAGAUUUCACAAAGUCUGUCAUCGACGAUUACGGUUUGAAUGAUUUGAAGGUUCAUAUUCUGCUUAGCUACAUGUUUUCGAAUAAAACAUUGAAAACAAUGGCGCACAACACUCCACCAGUUUACGUGUCCAACACUCGACAAUUGCAAUGUUUUCUAAGCUUAAAGAAAAGCGAACAACUACGUCUCUGUGUGGAGAUUACAGAGAAAAAGGAUGACAGCUCAGACGUAGAAGCUUCAGAAGAAGAAGCUUCAGAAGAAGAAGCUUCAGAAGAAGACGCUUCAGAAGAAGACGCUUCAGAAGAAGACGCUUCAGAAGAAGAAGCUUUAGAAGAAGAAGCUUUAGAAGUUGAGUCUAUAGAGAAUGGGAGUUACGAUGGUUGCAGUUUGGAGGAUGAACAAGAUGAAAUUGAGAAUGACUGCUUUAGUAACGUUGAAAUACACGACGUAGCCGGAGAAGAUGAAAUAGGCAAAGAAAACGAAGAAGAUGAUGAAUUUGAAAGUCGAUUUGAUAUGUUCGAUGACUCGGACGGUGCGUCAUCUGAAGAUGAUAACUUCAGCACAUACGGUGAGUCUCCUAUCGAAGAAGACGAAGAUUCACCAACGCUACCUUCCAAGAAGAGAUAUCAGAACUUCUUGAUGAGCGAAUCUAAAGGGAAUCUGGAGGUUUUGAAGUUGGAGAUGUCGUCGUUAGACCUUGCGGUAGGACAACGAUACUUGACUAAAAAGCAUUUGAAGAGACGACUGAAACUUUUUACAGUGAGGCAUCAAUUUGAUUUUGAUGUAGAAAUAUCAAACCUGACAACAUACGUUGUUAAGUGUUGGGUUGAUGGAUGUACAUGGAGAGUUCGUGCAUCUACCGAAGGAUUGUCCCCGCAGUUUUAUAUUCGUAUUUACGACUCGGAUCAUGCAUGUUCUACCACUUGGCUUCUUCUCACAACACAUAGAAGGGAAGACAAACCGGAAAACAUGGAAACUAAGAUCGGACGCUACAGAUCAAACUUGGGAAGUGAUACAAGAAGGCAGGAGACUCACCGGAGGUUGGAAAGAUUUCACCACAGCACAUGACCUUCAAAUCGGUGACAUUGUCAUCUUCAAACACGAAGGAGAUAUGGUGUUUCAUGUCACACCAUUUGGUCCUAGCUGUUGUGAGAUUCAGUAUACACAUCCUCACAUCAUCAAGGAAGAAGCCGAUGCGGAUGAUGUUCCUUCUUUCUCAUUUGACUAUUGUUUUCAGGCUGAGGUCACUGCUUCGAAUCUAAAAGAAGACAAACUUGUGAGUCGAUUUUCAGUUAUAGACCAUAUUUAGUUAGUUAUUAACAUAUGGUUUGAUCUGUUCAGUGUCUUUACGUUCUGUGUUUGCAGUAUUUAGUUAGUUAUUAACAUAUGGUUUGAUCUGUUCUGUGUCUUUACGUUCUGUGUUUGCAGUAUCUUCCUGAGGGAGCUACGACUUGUACUGCUUUGAACAAACAAUGCCAAGAGAUAAUACUUGUCAACAAAGAGGGAAAUUCAUGGACUGUGAGUUUGCGAUUUAGCGAAGUAGACGGCAUGUAUUACAUCAGAAGAGGCUGGAGAAAGUUCUGUCGUGCUAACAGAUGCGCCAUAGGAGACUUAUUUGUGUUCAAUGUGGUUGGAGAUGGGAAAACUACUCCACUAAUGUGUGUAUGUCCGGAAAAGGAAGAGUGAUUUUGAACCUAAACUUAUGUAUGUCGAACCAGAAAUUUAUGUAUGUCUCUUUUUAUGGCUGACUAAUACUCAUAUAAUGGCUGGGUUAUUGUUUGAUUAUGACUUAAUUAACGUAACGGCUGAGUUGCAUUGAACUUAAUAGCUGAGUUAUUAAAACGUUAUGACUGACGAAUACUCGUAUUAUGGCUGGGUUAUUGUUUGAUAGUGACUUAAUUAACGUACCGGCUGAAUUGCAGUUAACGUUAUAACUGAGUUAUUAAAACGUUAUGACUGACGAAUACUCGUAUUAUGGCUGGGUUAUUGUUUGAUUAUGAAUUAAUUAACGUAUCGGCUGAGUUGCAUUGAACUUAAUAGCUGAGUUACUAAAAACAUUGCGUCUAAAUUAUGAUUACAACACAUGACUACGCAAAGAAAUAGUACCAAAAUAUGGCCAUACCAAACCCACAAACCACCACUGGAAACAUCAAACACUUCAUCUUUUCCGCUUUACCGAGUUCUUUCUCCAACCGACCAACGUCUACUCUCAGAUCUGAUAUGCCUUUGGUCAUGUCACUCAUCACCGAUUUCAUAUCUUCUACCUCUUCCACCAAGCACUCGUCCGCCCAUUUGAAUAAAUGUCUCUGAUUUCACCAACAUGCCCAGCUCUUAGUAUCACAUUGACAGUAUAAUGAAUAAAAUUAAAAAUCAAACCUUAAUAUAUCCUUUGCGACAGCAAUAGUACAGUCGUCCUGGAUUAGCCCGUGAUGCAGAUGUACAUAAUUCAGCGGGUUCACCACACCAACACUGUUUCGGCGUUCCUCUUUCCACAUGCCGGCGGUGAAAGUAAGUGUUACCAGACACAGAUGAUGAAGAAGACAUUUUCUUUGAAUGAAAGAGAAAUUGGUGUGAAAGACAAAGUUAAAACAAUAGUGGUAGUAAUAUAAAAUCAUUUU